UUAUAUACCAAAUGGGUACCAAAUGCUGAGGAAGAUGGCUACCUGAUAGUCUCACCAGUAACUAGCCUAGGAGCCCAAGCUCGAGUUUCAUCCCUCAUUGAUCACACAACCCAACAAUGGCGAUAAAAUGUGUUGCAUCAACACUUUAACCCAACUGAUAGGGCAAGAAUCAAGACAAUUCCUCUCCCAAGAACACCUCAACCGGAUAAGCAGUUAUGGAACUUUGAGAGAAGAGGUCACAACACAACAAAGUCUGGGUAUUGGCCUAUUGGGCUUGGAGGCAGAGGCUGAAGCUGGAGGGAAUGGAAUCAGAUCAAGGGAAAAUUUAUGACCCGAUGAAUUGGAGAAAAGUCUGGAAACUACCGGUUCCACCAAAGGUAAGAAUGUUUCUUUGGCGAUUCCUACAGAACAUUCUACCGACGGGGAAGAAUAUAGAAAAGAGGAAGAAGGAUGCGGCGGUGGAAUGCCCGUUCUGCAAUCUCGAAGAAACCCAGGAACAUAUCUUUGUGGAGUGUGCGUGGGCAAGACGAGUUUGGGAUCCUACUGAAUUUAGGCUAAUCUUUGAAAACCGGGGAAAUCUCUCGUGCACAUCAUGGUUCUGCGAGGUAUUAGAGGAAAUUGAAGAGGAACACCUAGCUAAAUUCACGAUGAUUCUGUGGAAUCUUUGGAAUGAACGAAACAAUCAUUUGUUCAACAAGAAGAAGACGAAAGAGUGGGAAAUUGUGGGGAAAGCUCUAUCCUAUCAUGAGGAAUUCCUAUCGGCCAGACAGAAGGAGGAGAGAAGAGCAGUCGUACCUGUGCACUAGAAGUAGGGCUGAAAAUUGCCCUAACCCGUCCCUGACCCGGUCUGAUUCGUCCAUGAAGGGUCAAGAUGUAUAACUGACCCGUCCCGUCCCUGUCUCCUUCUUGACUCUGUCUGACCCUCAAGGUAUGGGAAGGGUCGGGUGAGUGGGUCGACCCUAAUCUACACACAACCUUCUUACAAAUUACGUUUUGGUACCCAAAAUUAUUUUUUCUUACAAUUUAGUACCUAAAGUUUAUUUUUUUACAAAUAAGUCCUUACAUUUUGAUAGUAAAAUUACAUUUUGGUA